ACAGUUGCAGAUUUAACUCCGUACGAGACGGUCGUUCGUACAUUCACUCUCGCUGUUGUUUGUUUCAUACACAUACCGCUUUUUUGGUAUUUCGGUUUCGUUCGAUUGGUCCAUCUAACGUCCAAUUCGUGCCCAUAGUUCCUGCAACAUUUGGAUUAUCCUUCCAAAACAAAUUUUUUGUGGAUUUUUAUAAAUUUAAAGCAAAAAAAAACUUUCAAGAUGAUGCUCACCCAGCCCACACCCGAACAACGCGUCAGCAUUCGCGAAGAAUUGCGUGAACCCGAAAACCAAGAGGAAGUUGAACGUGACAUUAAAUUGAUCCGUGAAUGGCUCGACACCCAACCCCAUUUGCCCAAGGACAUGGACGAUGUUCGUCUAACCAAUUUCUUGCGCGGCUGCAAAUUCAGUUUGGAAAAGGUCAAGAAGAAGUUGGACAUGUACUAUACCAUGCGUACUGCCAUUCCCGAGUUCUUCAGUGAACGUGAUAUUGCCCGUGAAGAAUUGAAUCUGGUCUUGGAUUAUGCACAAAUUAUCACUCUGCCCGGUUUGACAUCCAAUGGCCGCCGCAUCACUUUUAUUCGCGGUGUCGACUGUGAUUUCCAAGCCAGCCAAGUCAACGAUGCCAUGAAGGUCACCAUGAUGUUGGGCGAUGUUCGUCUGGCCGAAGAGUGUGUCGGCAUUGCAGGUGAUAUUUUCGUUUUGGAUGCUGCCGUUGCCACCGCCUCUCAUUUUGCCAAAUUCUCGCCUACCGUCAUUAAGAAGUUCUUGAUUUGUGUCCAAGAAGCCUAUCCCGUUAAGGUCAAGGAAGUCCAUGUCUUCAAUACCUCACCCUUAGUAGAUACCAUCUUCAAAUUCGUCAAGCCCUUCGUCAAGGAGAAGUUGCUCAGCCGUGUCCACUUCCAUCCCGAUUUGGAAAGUCUGUACAAGAGCGUGCCAAAGGAUCUCUUGCCCGAAGAAUACGGCGGCAAGGCUGGUAAGAUCAACGAUUUGAUUAGCCAAUGGAAGGCCAAGUUGGCCGAUUACACUCCCUGGUUCAAGGAACAAGAAUCCAAGAAAUCCAACGAGUCCCUACGUCCCGGCUCACCCAAGACCAGUGAUGAUCUGUUCGGCAUGGAGGGCACCUUCAGACAAUUGAACAUCGAUUAAACCAGCAACUAACCUCAUAACGCCACAUCAACCCCAAAAAGUAGCUACUCCAGGGUGGAUCCACGCUUUGGACGUACACCUCAAAACCUGUUUCGUUCGAAUGUCUGGAUUCCACCCUCCAGGCUGCGUUAGUUAUAGUUUACCCACUCAUUUCGUACGACAUGUUGCCCAAAUUGUUAGUCUUUAAUGUUUGUUUUAUAUCUUUCGUGACGGUCCGCCGCCGUGUUGUACGAGGUGCUACCGUAAACUGACGUAUUAUAGCUUAAUUGUGUGUUUUAGGUUUUUGUUUUUUGUAUUAAUUAAACAUUGUAUUCUUAGUUUGAAAACUUAUUUGCCCUGGCUUUGCCGCUCAGUUCUCAUUUUCUUAGAAUUAUUUGAAUUCAUUAAAUCCAUCAUUCGUUCUUCGUUUUUUAUAAUUUUAAUAAAGAAAAAUAUACCAAAUAAAUAUCAAUGGAAACUAUGAAAA